AGCCGCUCGCGGGAAUGGGACGCGCGGGGCUGGUGCUGCUGCUGCUCGUCGCGCUCGGGGCCCGGGGCCGCGAGGGGUCGGGGGAGCCCGGGGGGGCCCCCGCGCCGGGGCAGCCGCUGCUGCAGGAACGUUGCCUCUUGCCCAAGGUGGUGGGCAGAUGCCGGGCCUCCUUCCCGCGCUGGUGGUACAACGCCACGAGCCGGACGUGCCAGCGUUUCACCUAUGGCGGCUGUGGGGCCAAUCUCAAUAACUUCCUGGUAGAGGACGAGUGCCGGGUGACGUGCACUGUGGCCACAGAUGGGGAGAACUCGAAUGAGAUUCCACAGGCCAGCCAGAGUGUAGUGCAGAGCGCAGAUGAGUCCUGUACUGCGCCCCGCCUGACCGGCCCCUGCCGCGCUGCCUUCCCCCGCUGGUACUACGACCCGGCCGCCGGGGCCUGCAAGCAGUUCAUCUAUGGGGGCUGCAAGGGCAACAAGAACAACUACCUGCGGGAGGAGCUGUGUCUGCGCCAGUGCAGCGGGGCCACAGGGGGUGCUGAGGGGCCCGAGCCGGGCGUUCACUCCAGCAGAGUGGUGGCCCUGGCCGUGCUGCUGGCCAUCCUCGUUGCUGUCCUGCUCGGCUCCGUGGUUGUCUUCUUCGUCUGGCUGUGCAGGAGGAGCCAGGAGCUGUCCCUGAGUGUGCCCUGGAGCCCGCUGGACGACAAGGAGUAUCUGAUGAGCAACACCUACACGCUGUGAGGCCGGGCGGCCGGCCCGUGGGCUGCCCCUGCUCCAUUGGGCCUCGCCCGUGUGCACAGCAGAGUGACUGGAGCCGGCUGUGUAGGAAUAUCCCUGGGUCAUAAACUCCCUGCACCAGCAACCGCUGUGUUUCUGGCCCGGCCACACGGGCGGGGCCUUCGCUGCACCCAGGCCUCUUUCUCGGGGGCUUGCUUCCAUUUUUUUAAACUCUUUUUUUUACCAGAAUAAUUAGUGUGAAACCUGCUAGUGGCAGCCGCCUGGGGUCUCAGACACCUGCCCACCCCAGCUGCAGCCAGCAGGGCCUUGCUGAGGCUUGGGGGCAUCUGGUGCUGUUCCUCUGCUUAACAAGCCUUUAUAAUCGGGGGGUGGGAGGGGAUUAAAUAGCCAGAUCCCCAGGAGUGCUGGCCGCAUGCUGCCUGUGCCUGCCUGCGGGGCCCCCUUCCCUAGAGCGCGGAGUGGCUGCUGGGGGUCCUACCCUAUGGGGCUGCUCGGGGACUUGGUAGCAGGAUGUCCCCGGUAGGUGGCGUCAGGUAUAAAUGCAUGGGAUGGGGGGGAGGGGGGAGCUGUUAGCCCCACAGGCAGUGGGUCUAGAAUUCUGUGAGCAGCCUGCCCUGCCCCCAACUGCUCUGCCUGGGGGACCCCAAGGCACCUAGAGGGUAGCAGUGGCUCCUGUCCCCCAGUGCGGCAUGGAUAUGGUGCCAUGCUGGCUGUAACUUCCUGGCACCUGGGGAUUGCAGUGGCAGCACCAUGGCUGUGGCUAGGGUGGGUGAUGCAAACCCUGGCCCUGUAACCUGGCGUAAUGCCCUGGGGACAGGGAGCUCCUGUGCUGGAGGGGUCCAGUGCUGCCUGGGCCCUGGCUUCCUUGGGGGUAUAUUUCCCCCUCCCCCCCCAUUCCUACCACGUGUCUGAGCUGCCCCAUCCCUUCAGAGCGGUGCUCCUGGUCUGUGCCGAGGAUCCCAGCAACGCUGCCCCUGUGGAGCGGUUCGCCCAGCCCAGCCCAGGGAUCCCAGCCACGCUGCCCCAUCCCUGCAGAGCGGUGCUCCUGGCCCAGGCCGGGGAUCCCAGCGAUGCUGCCCCUGCAGAGCAGUGCUCCUGGUCCGUGGCUGAGCAGGGCAGUUCUGGCCUGCAGGCUCCUCCGGGGGCCAGUACGAACUGGAGCUGGGUUCAGCCCACACUCCAAUGCCUUUCCAUGGCAUAAACCUCAUUGAAACACACCAGGAAACCGGAACCUGUCUGGCUAAGUCUCCCCGUUGCUGUGUCCUCAGAGUUGGGACUGGGGGGGGGGAUGCUCACUCCCCCCCACCUCUGCUCAGUGUCUGACACCAGCCAGCACCUGGGCCUGCUCCCAGUGCUGUUGGGGGGGGUCUAAUGUCUGAGCCCCACAUCAUGGGUGUUGCUGGCAGGGUUGUUUUAGAGGGCGGGAUGUGGAGCUCGCCCAAGUGUAAGGGGCGGAGUCGGGCACUCAGCUGGGCUAGCUGUUAAAUUUGUUUUUUACACUGAGAUUUCUUUGAAUAAAGGAAAAAAGGAAA